AUGUCGAAGAGCGAGGGGCUGCGGAUGUGCCAGAGCGCCGGCAGGACUUGUACCAUUCGACACGGGCGGAGCAGCUGGAGCGAAGCAAGUCCCACAGCGCCGCCUGAAGCGCCUGAAACGCCUGUUCGCCCGCCGUGCGCCCGCUGCACUCCACCCACGAUGCCCCUACAUCUCGCGCUGCUGCUUGUAGAUAUCCAGCACGAAUUUCUGCCACCCUCGGGCGCUCUCGCUGUCCCGCACGGCGACGCCAUCCUCGAGGCCGCGGUGUACCCGCUCCUCGAUCGCGGCAAGUGGGACCUCGUCGCGGCUUCGCAGGCAAGUCUGCCAGGUCAGAGCGACUUUCACCCGCCUGGUCACGUCUCGUUCGCCUCCCGACACCAACUCCCCACAUUCUCCAAAACGACAGUCUCGCACCCGCUCACGCACGAGCCGAUCGAGCAAGAGCUGUGGCCGGACCACUGCGUGCAGGGCACAAGAGGGAGCGAGUUCGAUGAGGGUGUACGGCGGCGACUCGAGCGGUUGCGCAGCGAGCGAGGCGAGCAGGCCGUGCGGAUCAUCCAGAAGGGCGUCGACCAAGACCUCGAUGCCUACUCCGCCUUCGCCGUGCCCCUCACUGUACAGGAGCGGAACUCGCCCACAAAGCCCGAAGACUUGUCUGGCGCAUCUUCGACCGCCGCUGAACUGACUCAGGUCCUUCUAGAAUCACGCAUCACGCACCUCGUCAUUGUCGGUCUCGCACUCGACUUUUGCGUCCUCGCCUCCGCGCUCGCGGCCAAACGUGCGUCCGAAGCCCAUGGAGACCAGUGGGAGGUUUGGGUGGUCAGGGAAGGCACACGGGCUGUGUAUGCGGACAAGGAGGACGAGGUCCUUGAGCGGAUGAGAAGCGAAGGCAUCAAGGUGGUGAGUGUGAAGGAUCGCGAGCUGCGGCAGUGGAUGGGCGAUGCGGCGUAG